UACACGUGUUUAUGAUAAGGGUCGAUUUGGGGAUUUUAUCAAAACACGCAGGAACUGACGCAUAACUUUAUGGAUAAAGAUUAUGUUUUAUAUGUAAAUAUAAUAACCACUUUUUCACGGUAAGAAUAAAGUGAACAAAACUAUAAAUUUGCUUUUGUUGGUUGAAACAGUAGGUGAGCAGAUGUCUGUGUUAUUGUGCGCUUAAUGGUGUCUGUUUAAAACAUUUUUAUUAUUAUUUUAAAAUAAAUAAUGUGUUAGAUAAUUUUUGUUAGUUUAAAAACGUUCACAGUAAGACUGAUUGUUGCAGUUAAAUUACGGGUCCCAUAGACUCACUUUAUUUAUUCAAAAACACAACAUCAAAUGUUUAAGCCUCUACCUUUUUUUUUUUUUUUUAAAUCUUUCUCACUUCCAAACUGUAAUCAUUGUCACACCUAGUUAUGGCUCUGCUGGAAAAAAUUGAAGUUAAAACAGACCAAGAUACACAAGCCACAAUCACUGAUGAAGAGUUAAAUGACCCUAAACCUGAGGAAGAGGAGGAGGAGGAUGGUGGUGGUGGUGGUGGUGAUGAUGAUGAUGAUGAUGAAGAAGAAGCAGCAGAGCGUGAUAAAGAUGCUGACCAGGAAAUGAACUGUGAAAAUGGAGAUGAAACUCUAGAACUGGAGACUAAUAAAGAAGAUGGCCUUGAGAAGCCAAAGGGUAAGAAGUGUGUGCCAGGCGUAGUGUAUUUGGGGCACAUCCCUCCUAGAAUGAGACCAAAACAUGUGCGGAACAUGCUGAGUGUGUACGGAGAGAUUGGAAGGAUAUUCCUACAACCUGAAGAUCAUUGCAUUAAAAAUGAAAAAAAGGCAGGAAGUAAUUCAUCCAGUUUCACCGAGGGUUGGGUGGAGUUCCGAGACAAGCGCAUCGCUAAGAGAGUCGCGGCCAGUCUGCACAACACACCCAUGGCCAACAGGAAAAGGAGCCAUUUCAGUAGUGACCUGUGGUCCAUAAAGUAUCUGCACAGGUUCCAGUGGUGUCAUCUCAGCGAGCGAUUGGCUUAUGAGCAGACCGUCUAUCACCAGCGUAUGAGGACAGAAAUCUUCCAGGCAAAGAGGGAGACGAACUUCUACCUGGCUAGUGUGGAGAAGAGCCAGAACAUGGCGAAACUCAAGAAGAAGAGGGAGAAGAAGGGCGAGGUUGUGGAGGAGAAGACCUGGGACUUCAAACAGCGUCCUACAGAAGAAGAGAUCCAGAUGAAACGGUUGAAGAGUAAAGGGUUAUCCAAGAAAAGUCUCCAGAAGGCUCAAGAGAAGAGCAAAGCCAUCCAGGAUAAAGCUCAUUCGAAUGUUUCCCUGUUGGCUAAGAUCUUCAACAGUGGCAGGGCCCAGAACUGAUGAGAUGAGAAGAUUUAAAGGGAUUGUUCUGUCUUUUUUUUCUUCUGCUGAAUAACACAAAAGCAAAUAUUUUGAAAAAUGUCCUGGCUUUUUUUUUUUUUUUUUCGUACAAUUAAAGUGAAUGAGGAUUGUGCUUACAUUUCGGUCCGUUCCUCACACAAAGCCAUCAUUUGGCUUCGGAAGACAUGGAAUAUAGUGCAAAGGUUGUAUGAGCUACUUUUAUUGUUGUUUUUUUUGUUUUGUUUUUUGAGCUUUGACAGCCCCUGGUCGUUGUAUGCUUUUGUUGUAUGGGUUUUAAUAUUUUCAGAGAAAUACACUAUCA